AUGCACCUGGACGUCCCCCGCCGCCCCUCGCGGCGAACUAUGCUACACGCGAUUACAACUGCUCCCACCCAACACGAACCCGUUCCACCGCCAAGACUGUACUACGCUGGCCUACAUGCCUGUUUCGGGCUGCAUAAAGCCUUCGUGAAUCACGGUGUGCCCCUUGAAGUGCUCAACUCUGCAGUGCAUUCAGUAUACUUCAUGAACGGCUCUGGUGCCACAUGGCAACUUCAUCUGUGUGAUCCAGCUAGUGUUGCAUGUGAAGAGCUACUUGAAUAUGAUAUCGUGUGCGGUCGUUGCUUCCCUUGUGAUCCUAAACCAAGGCACUGCAGUUGCGAAACCCGGAUAAUAAAACCAAGAAGUCGCUCGGAAGAUAACCGAUGCUGGCGCAAGCAGCAGCUGUCUGCUUGUUCAUCCGGGAGCGAUCUCAGUUUCAGUGGUUUUCAUCCAGGCUCCUGUUGCAACAGCGGAUUUUGUUCGACCAAUUCGGGUUCUUGUUUCAUGGAUGACGAUGUCACUGCGAAAGUGCCCGAUCCGGACGUUACACAAGGUCUGUAUUCUCCAUCUCUUCCUCCGCCUAUGCGCACCAUCCAUCUCAAUCUACCCGGCUUUCAAAAUCUUGAAUCAGAUUCAUCUGGGUCGUUAAAACGCACUGGUCACCUUCCAACUAGUCCAUUCAGGACGGAAAAUUAUCACGAUCUCGUAUGGGUGUCCGUACCAUCUGCAACUACCUCUUCAACUACCCCAAACGCCGGUGCAAUCAGCGUUCUCUCCGAUUGUACAUCCAAUUCGUUAUAUGCAACCCGAUCUUCGAGGGAAUUCCGCACUUCCUCUCGUUUGCGCCCCCCAGUUAAGUCUCCGACACUUGAUGUCUCGGCUCGCGAUUCCGGCCUGAGUUCGCAUUCGAGCAGUUCCACAUGCUUUUAUGGUUCUGUACACAAUGUCACAACCGGUGAACCCAGUGAAUCCUCUUCCUAUUCAGUGUCACCAACUCCGCCUCCUGUCCCUCCACAUGCUCCAAAAUCUCGUGCUGCCACCGCUACUGCAUCGCCGUCGGACCCAUCCAGUCUAUUGAAAAAGGAACCUGUUGACCAUUGCCAAACAAGCACCGAUUAUUUUCCCGAAAAUCGCCUCAAGGGACACACUAUCCGACUAAGUCAUGGCCCAAAAGAACCGGGGACUACCCCCAUACGCUCGGUUCCUCCAGCCUAUUUGACGGAGUCGCUACGCUUUAUCGACGAUCCCGAAGUGUCCGACGAAACAAGCUCUCCCAUUUGGAAGCGCAAACAUCCCGAGGUAUUGGAUUCUUCAUUACGCGACCAUUCGCCGGCGUCUGCGUCGGACUACAAGAGCGUCAUCUUAUGUAGUAAUAGCCCAAACGUACCGAAGGCUGCUGCAGCGGUGGCUGGCAUAAUUCCUGCAGCGGCAACAUCGAAAGCCUUGCUAUGUGAUCAGUGUGAAAUGGCUGAGCUAAUGUUUUUCACUGCAAAGCAAACUCCAGUAAACAUUGACCGUUCGGCUUUACGCGAACCUCUGCUUUCAAGUAGCUGUGAGAUAUGUCGUCGGCUUCUUUUGAAUGUUGGCGUCAAUCUUUUCAACCGCGACCCGCUUCAAAGCCUAGAUUUUCUCGAACGAUAUGGAUUCCUGCAGGCCGAUUGCCCCAAGACGAUUGCGUCUUUCAUCCGGACUGCGCCUAACCUCUGUCGUUCGCAGCUUGGCGCUUUCCUCGGACUUCCUAACUGUCCUCGUACUUCUCCCUCCAAAGUGAUGCACCAUCUUCUACAGGCACUCAACUUCAAGGGCCUAGAAGUGGACGAGGCUUUGCGUCUGACGGUUCAUCACUUUGGCAUGCCUUUGGAAUCCCAAGAAAUUGACCGAUUCCUCGAGUGUUUGGCUGAUGUGUAUUACGCUGUCCGUUGGCCUACCACAGCCCCAAUAAGCCGCCAUCAGAUUCUACUCCUAUUUUACUCUGUGCUUCUGCUCCAAACCAGCCUGCAUAACGAGAGUGCUGCCAAAUCUAGCCUUGGCAAACAAACUGUGGCCACCUUUAUUAAAAACUGUCAAAAUUUUAUAUUCGACUCGUCGAUUCCCCAUCCACCUAUAGCAUCCCCAUCCAGGGGGCUAGGAAGCGACGAUGUUCCAGAGGACAGGAACGUGGUCUUCUCACAUGCCAAUCUUUCAGCCAUCUACCGUCGCAUCAAAGGUACCCCCAUUGUUCCUGGUACUGAUCACACACAUCUGACAAGUCGCAUAGCUCGGUCAUUAAUUUUCCCCCGCUCUCGUUCAAAGCUUGACCAUUUGCAUGACUUGGAAGGCGUGGAUUUGCAGAUGGAACUGGUCAAACCGCAACAUCGUGUCGUCUUCAGCUGUGCGGUGCUUCAGUUGUCCAGGCGAUCCAGAACUGGCGUACAAGUCGGAUUCUUGCGGCAGGUUAUUUUGUUCAACGACCUGGUACUUUUGGUCAAGCUAAUGCGCCCGGACAAAUCGCGGAUACGUGGUAAACGUGACCUGCGGUUGCGCCGAGAGCUUUCCAGUCUGUUACGUGGUGCUGUGCCCAGCGGUCCUGGACGAUUUCUCGUGCACAAUUUUCAAACAUGGCAAAUAGGUGGGCAUGGAACAAUCGAUCCAGUGCCUGUCACCACUACUGUUUUCGGGCAUCUGAGCUCAACACCCUGCUUACCUGUCCGAGGGCGACAGAUUAAAACGUGUCAGGAACACAUUCUUCCUACUGUUCGAAAUGUUUUCAAGUCAAUUGCUAUUCGUGGUAUUCCACUAUUGGGUUGUGUCAUCAGACCGUUUCGAACGCAAGAGUGUUGUUUUGGCUUGGAAAUAUGGAAGCAUGACAAUUCACAAUCGGAGUCGUCUCAUGGCAACGCAUCUUGCGACGCUCCUUGCGAUUCUGGUUGUUGGCAAUUGGUUGCCGUUUUGGCAGCGCUGUCACAUGCGGAUUACGGUCAUUUCCUGUCUCUUUUAUUGGAUUCUUUGCGUGAGACACAUCUUGUUCACCAGGAAUUGAUGGCGCGCCGAAAUUCACUUGCAGUUGGCCAUAUGUAA